CCAAUCGUCUUCAAAAUUCCGUUUUCACUCUUUCGCUGCCGCUCAAAAUUUCGGAGAAAAUUCCUCUCCCGCUAAACCUUCUCUCUCUUCUCGAUUUCGGAUUUCCUCUCAAUUAUAUGCGUUCCUCUCGGUUCUAGAGUUCAUUUCCACGUCAAAGUUUGAUGUGCAUCUGAUGUAUACUAUGGAUCAACAUGUUAUGUUGCCGUUUCCUAACUCAUUCUUCUGCCACUGAUUGCUUUGCUGCUUUUUUUUCACUGCCUUCUGGGGUUCUUAAUUUUUUAUGGCGUACUAUGAACCUCCCUCAUUCUCUCUCGGCCUUGAUUUGGGUUUCGAUUUGAGCCCCCAAAUUCCUUUACCGGAUGAACCCUCUUCUAACUCUUCGGUGGGUGUCAAUAUUUCGUCCAAACAGGACGAUGGUGGGGUUGUGGAUUGCAUUGGAGAAAUUGGGCAAGUUUCGCCUAGAAAAUUUAAGCGGCUCAAACGUGGGCCAGCUCGUUGUUCUUCGGUAUCCAAGAAAAGGGAAUCAUCACCUUUGUUUUCUGUAGUCGAUGAUGACAUUGAACAGUUUUCAUCCCAAGAAGAUUGUGCUACAGUUUCAAGAGACCAUCAUCCAUCUUCACUCUUCCGAUCUGUCUGCAGUAGUUCAAAGGCUCCUUUACAUGUGAUCUUAACUCCUCCCACUUCCAGCCAGCUAAAGGCAAGGGAAGACAAACAGACUGUAGACGCCCCAACUUCUGUUGGUUUGGAAAAGCAAAAUAAGUCAUUGUUUUCUAAUUUAACCAUCAGUCCUCUUCGAAUGUUCCAGUUACUUGAAUCUGAUUCAGAUGAACCUUCUAGCUGUGACAAUCAAAGAAGAAAAGGGCCUGAGGUUGUUUCAUCUUUUAACAAGCAAAAGUCUACAGUUGGUCUCUCUGCAACUGUGGACGAGAAAAAGAAGAGCCUGACAGCGAGUAUUACUCAAAAUGAGGAUCUAUGGAAGGAUUUCUGUCAAACGAAAAGUUUUCAUUUGCCAACACCAGCCUUUGAUGAAGUCUGCCAAGAAUUUUCACAGUUGAAGCAGGAUAUUAAAGCAGCCACCAGAUUAGGAAGUAGUGCUCAUAUAAACUGCAUGGAUAGUCGUACCACCAAUAGUAGCUGCUCAAGUGAAAUGAUGGAUAAGCUCGGCUGUCCUGCUCAUGACUAUUUUUUUCAUGAAGAUCCAAGGAUUCAAAAGUUGGUUCGCAAUCGCUUACCAAACUUUUUGCCAUUGGGAGUUGAUGGCAACAGAGGAUCGGUGAUUGAUUAUAUGAGACAGUUUAGCAAUGGAGAGGCCUCAACUAGCCGACCUUCACAGGUUACUGUAAAGGAAAGUUCAAAAAGAUCGACAAAUAUGUCAAAAAGAUCUAAGAAUAUCGCUUCCAAAUGUUGGGCCAAUGAGAAAGCUGUUACACCAUCAAGCAGUAAAACAGCACCCAAAUGGGCAGCAACUCAAAAAAAGAAAAUUGGUAGCAGCUCUAGAAAUGCAAAAAGUAAACAAGGGGGCCCAAACUGUGAACUCUUGGAGGAUGCUGGAAACUGGAUUGAUCCAAAGAGCUCUUUUAGUCUUCCUAGAGACGCUGGAAAAAGAAGGGUCCAUGCAGGUGGGCAAUCAGCUGGUCACUGGUAUACAUCCCCAGAAGGGAAGAAGGUAUACGUCACUAAAAGUGGGGAAGAGUUGACCGGCCGAGCAGCAUAUAGAUUUUACAAAAAGGACACCGGAGGCUUUAAGAAAUCAAAAAAGAAAGCAACCAAGAAGAGGAAAUGAUAAAAGGAUACUGUGCAUGGCUACCAAAACUGCACAAAAGGAUCUUGACCCAGGUGAUUGAUGACCUCCAUGACUUUUCAAGCGCUAGGGUGCUUAUACGCCUUUCAAAGUCAUUUCAAAUAGACAUUUUCAUCAUUGGAAUUACUGUUGGUUGUUCCCUUAACAUCAUUGUUCAUAGUAUUAAUGUAACAACUCUGUCUAAUCUUAGACCAACUAAUCUGCCAGAGAACAUUCCAGAUUAUUUUCUUGAUUCUUUCACAUUAUGCAUCUGAAUGUUUGAGUGUAAAUACUAAAUCUUACUAAACCAAACUGUUGAAUUUAAGCUUCAAUUUUAAACGAUAGUCCUGCUAAACAA